AUCGCGCGUGGGAUUGGAGAAGCCGCGCUCAGCACCCGGUCCCCGGGAGAAGAGGGAGGUCCCCAGCUCCUCCUCGACGUCGUCCUCGCCCUACUCCUCCUCCGUGCGCCCAUGCAGACCCCCCGGUGCCGCGCUGCUCCGCUGAGCUAACCCACCUACCCCACCCACCCAUCCAUCCACCCAUCCAUCCAUCCAUCCAAACCCCCGCCCGAGACCGCGCGCGCUGCCAAAGCCCAGGGGCCCAGGAGACAAGAGGGGGGCAAGCCUCUUCGGGGACUAACUCAUGAAGAACAAGGGUGCCAAGCAGAAGCUUAAACGAAAGGGGGCCGCCAGUGCGUUCGGAUGUGACCUGACGGAGUAUCUGGAGAGCUCGGGACAGGAUGUGCCAUACGUAUUGAAGAGCUGUGCAGAAUUCAUAGAGACUCACGGCAUUGUGGAUGGGAUCUACCGUCUCUCCGGCGUCACCUCAAACAUACAGCGGCUAAGGCAAGAGUUUGGCUCAGAUCAGUGUCCAGAUCUGACGAGGGAAGUGUACCUCCAGGACAUCCACUGUGUGGGCUCCCUCUGCAAACUCUACUUUAGGGAGCUGCCCAACCCCCUCCUGACGUACGAGCUCUAUGAGAAAUUCACGGAGGCGGUGUCCCAUUGCCCCGAAGAAGGCCAACUAGCCCGAAUCCAGAAUGUUAUCCAGGAGCUCCCCCCGUCCCAUUAUAGGACCUUGGAAUACCUGAUUCGACACCUGGCUCACAUUGCCUCAUUCAGCAGCAAAACCAACAUGCACGCCAGGAACCUGGCCCUGGUGUGGGCCCCAAACCUCCUCAGGUCGAAAGAAAUAGAAGCCUCUGGCUGCAACGGCGACGCGGCCUUCCUGGCCGUCCGGGUCCAGCAGGUGGUGAUCGAGUUCAUCCUCAAUCACGUGGAUCAGAUCUUCAGCAACGGCGCCCCCGCGGCUCUGGAGCAGGAGGAUAACCGGCCCAUCACAAAGAGCCUGACCCUACCAGCCCUGAGCCUGCCCAUGAAGCUGGUAAGCCUGGAGGAGGCUCAAGCCCGAAGCCUGGCUACGAACCACCCUGCUCGGAAGGAGAGGCGGGAGAACAGCCUGCCGGAGAUCGUCCCUCCCAUGGGCACGCUCUUCCACACCGUCCUUGAAUUACCAGACAACAAGAGAAAGCUUUCCAGUAAGUCAAAGAAGUGGAAGUCGAUCUUCAACCUGGGGCGCUCUGGCUCCGACUCCAAGUCCAAGCUGAGCAGGAACGGGAGUGUCUUCGUGAGAGGACAGAGGCUCUCGGUGGAAAAGGCUACCAUCCGACCCGCGAAAAGCAUGGACUCACUGUGUUCAGUGCCUGUAGAAGGAAAAGAAAACAAAGGGAAUUUCAACCGGACAGUCAAUACCGGUGGGUUUUUCAUACCGGCCACCAAAAUGCACGCGCCGGGCACGGGCAGCUCCUGCGACCUCAGCAAGCAGGAGGGCGGCGAUUGGGGCGCGGAGGGGACGCCCGCGGGGGCGGAGGGGGGCUUCGACGCGAGCCCCCCGCAGGGAGGGCAGGGGCGGCCCCCUCCCGAGCAGCUGAAGGUGUUCCGCGCCGUGGUGGUCGAGGACCCCGAGAGCAGCAGCGGCGAGCAGCCGGCCCCGAAGAUGCUGGGGAUGUUCUACACGUCGAGCGAAGGGCCCCCGGGCAAGUCGGGGUUCGGCGGCGGCGGCGGCGGCCACCUGUUCCCGGUGGAGGCGUCCCCGCGGCACCCGCGCAAGGCGCUCAACAUCUCCGAGCCCUUCGCCGUGUGGGUGCCGCUGCGCGUGUCCGCCGUCAUCAGCGCCAACAGCACCCCGUGCAGGACGCCCCCCAAGGAGCCGCAGUCCCUCUCCAGCCUGGACGAGCUCGCUCUGCAGGGCUCGGAGAGCGCAGGAGGAGGAGGGGGCUGGCCCGAAGAGAAGCCCCCAGGAGCUGAGCCCUCUGCAGCCUCUGUGGCCAAGAAGGCAGUCCUGGAGGCCACCACACCAGAACCAGGAGCCACAGGAACAGCGGAAUGCAGUCGAGGCCUUUCCCUGGAGCUGGCCACGCAAGUGGAGAAGACACCUUUGGAAAUCUCCCUGAGUUCUCAGCUUUCAGGGGAGUUAGAAGAGAGACCAAACGCAGAGAAGUUGGUGGAGGAGAGCCUAGGGGCUGGCCGGCCGGAGCCCACUACUCCACAGGAGAGCUGCAGGACCCAAGCUGAAGACAUGCUUCUCCAUGAGAUGGACGAAGAGGACCUAGCUAAUGCCCUGAUGUGGCCUGAGAUCCAACAGGAGCUGAAGAUCAUCGAAUCUGAGGAAGAACUCCCUUCCUUGCCACCACUUGCUCAGAAGAUAAGCCCCACCCAACCGGCUCUUGAGUCAAGUCCAGCAGCACCCUUUCCUUCCCCGGAGGUCCCUGGGAGCUUGCCUUGCAGCUCCCCCACUUUAGAGCCAUGCACUAGAGACCCAACCAGUCAAAGCACAGGAGAGCUUACCAUGGCAGACCCUGGACCCAAGUUGGGACUCACCAGCAGCCUUGCUGGAGCCGAGGCUGGGCUGGGACUGAGUCCUCCGGAAACCACCGUUGCAUUGGAAAAGAUGUCCCCUGGAGCCAGGAUAGAGGUGGGAGGCCCAGGGGAGGAUGUCUCUCCUCCACUCCCCCCUGAUUCUCCCCCUCCAGCGCCCCUGGACAGAGAAGAUCCUUCCAGACAUUCAAGGACAAAUCCCUGCACUGAGCAGCCGAAGGGCAGCGACAGCCCUGGCAUCCCCAGCCCCUGCCGGAGAGACGAGUCCACCACAGGCCAAAAAGAAAAGCAGCUUUCAAAGAUCACUGCCCCCGAUGAGGACCUGUGCCCUGGGUCUCCAAGCCUAACCAAGCACACUGACGUCUCCCCACAAGGAGAAGGAGACGCUGCCCAUUCGAUGCAGGAGCCUUCGGACUGUGACGAAGAUGACAGCGGAACAGACAUCACCCAACAUGGCCUGGAGACGGAAGAACCCUGGGAGGAGCCCCAGUGGGUGACAAGUCCCCUCCACUCGCCCACGUUGAAAGAAGUGUCCCACCAGGUGCAAGGCUCCCAGGGCCACCGACUGGAGAGGAGGCUUUGCCACAGACGUGGCCUCCUCCGCCAGAGCCACUCUCUGGACAGCAAAACCCCCGAGGAGAGCCAGUGGACCCUUGAGGUUCCCGCCUCCAGCAGCUGCGCCGAUCUUGGGACGGAGAGGAACCCCACCACUGCGCAGCAGGCCCUGGCAGCCAGCAUUGAGAUGAGUGGGUGGGAUGAGAAAGCCCUGAAGGCCUUUAGGGAGUUGUUUGGCCUGAAAGGGGCAGGGGCUCUCCCAAGCCACAAGGGAGCAGCCCGAACACCCGCCAAACCAGCAGAGACCAGCUCAGUGGAGGAGGGGAAGCAGGAGAAGCAUCUGGGGUUCAGCAACCCACUGAUGAAAGAAGGAGGUGCUCCCGGGCCCGACGGUAGGGAGGCAGGUUCACCUAGGGCUCAAGAGAGCACCUCACCUGAGGAGCACUCCCCAAAGAUCCAUCCUAGGAGCGCCGAGGGUGGACCGUCAAAAGGGAAAAACAGGCCCGCUUCCCUCAACCUGGACUCAGCCACAGUCGUCGCUGAUCUCCUGCGGCUUGAAAAUGGGACCUCACUUAGAUCAUCUGGACUGGGGGAAGACCCCAAGGUCACCUGGAUGACCUCCUCCAACUGUAAAGCAGACUCCUGGCAGUGUGCCAAGGACACCCAGGACCUGGACAUGGUUGCCCAUGCCCUGACAGGCCGCAGGAAUUCUGCUCCGGUGAGCGUGUCCGCUGUGAGAACAUCCUUCAUGGUCAAAAUGUGUCAGGCCAAAGCCGUCCCUGUCAUCCCACCCAAGAUACAGUACACGCAGAUCCCACAGCCCCUGCCCUCUCAGAGCCCCGGGGACAGUGGGGUGCAUCCCCUAGAAGAGAGUCAAGAAGAGCCCACAUCAACCAACGGGACCACUCAGAAACCUGCCAGAGAUGAUCAUCCCUGCCCCCUGGAAAGCCCCAAAGAGCAACCAAAGCAAGAGCCGGGAGCCUUUGCAGCCCCGCAGCCGGACAGCGCUGUACCCUGCACGGGUGAGGGACUCGGCCUGUUCCUGGAGCCAGGCUCAUCGAGUCCACUCGCCACCCAGGAUGCGACCGUGCAAUGCAGAAAGCGCACGUCAGAGACAGAGCCACUUGGGGACAAUCUUCUUUCUUCAAAACUGGAAAGACCGUGUGAGGGUUCGAAGCCUUUCCACAGGUCAAGACCGGGCAGACCUCAGAGCCUAAUCUUAUUCAGCCCUCCUUUCCCCAUCACAGACCACCUGCCCCCCUCGUCCGCAGUGACAGAGUCCAAGGUCCUGCUGUCCCCCAUCAGAAGCCCUUCUCAGAUCGUUUCCCCCGGCCUUCUGUGUGGGGAGCUGGCAGAAAACACAUGGGUCACGCCAGAAGGGGUUACCCGUAGAAAUAAAAUGACCAUCCCAAAGAAUGGCCAAAGACUAGAGACCUCGACCAGCUGUUUUUACCAGCCCCAGCGGAGAUCCGUGCUUCUGGAUGGAAGAAGUGGGAGGCAGAUCGAAUGACAGCAGUCCAACUGCCUGUGUCCGACACACGUCACGUGGCAAGACCAAGUUGCCAUUUCCCAGGCACGGGCUGUCUUAUCUUCAGGCUUACUUUGCCCGCUGGCUUCUUUUUUUCCAGCCUUUGAUCCUUCGCAAGUCCAUUUGUCAGAAGUAGUCCAGGCAAGAGGUGAAGUCUACAUGAGAGAAUGUGUGGAGAGGGGGCAAAGGUUAGGUCAGGGAGGAGGAGGGUAGAAUGCUUGCCUCCGGUGGAAAUCGGGGUUUGUUUGAGAGCUGCAUUACCCUCCGUUACCCAUAUCUAUUACUGCUGAGAGCUGGCUCCAACAAUGUCCUGUGGAAAGGAAGAAA